GGUUUCCUCAUUGCCCACACUAAUUCCUUUAAUCUCUUAGCCAUUUUGGUGGGGGUGAAAAAGGAUCUCAAAAGACAAAACCAGGGGUCUCUUUACUAACACAGGGCCAAUUUUCAGAGGGUGCCUUGGCGGCCUUCAUCUGCACAGCAGGGGGUCCUCCUCCAAGACAGAUCCAGGACAUGGCUUUGUUCCCAGAGUUCCUGGCCCUCAAUUGCACAGAAUGGCAUCCUCCAUACACAGAAGCUCCAGAACAUUGACAGCGAUUCCUGUGCAGCACAAAGAGAAGUCCUCCCUAAAGCAACAACACUCCUCCCUGCCGGGAGGAAAUUUUCAUUUCAGUACCAAGAGCACCAGAGCUCAAAGUUCUCCCUGCAUACUUUGCCUCAGGUCUCCCUGGGAAUAACCCUUUGAAACAGCUGGGAAACAUUCAACAGAACAGCAGAGGGUGCAGUGGCGGCCUUCAGCUGCACAGCAGGGGGUCCUCCCCCAAAGACAGCUCCAGGACCUGGUCUCCCCCAGAGAAAUUCACUGGAAAACCUGGGAAACAAUAGAACAGGUAACCAACCCUUCAUUGUCAAAGAAGCUGACUGACAAUUGGCAGGAGGAAGGGGGUAAGUGAAGCAGCCCAGCAGGGGUCUUCCUCCCAAGUCAGAUCUUCGCCAUUGUGGUAUAUGUGGGAAGGGAUCUGGAGGGACAAGAGCAGGCGACUCCUUACCAACAGAGGCCUAAUUUUCAGAGGGUGCAGUGGCGGCCUUCAUGUGCACAGCACAGGGUCCUCCCCCAAAGACAGCUCCAGGACAUGGUCUCGUUCCCAGAGUUCCUGGCCAGUCCCCUCAACUGCAUACCUGAGAUCGUCCUUUUACAGGAAGCUCCGGAAUAUUGAGAGUGACUCCUGCACAGCAUGGAGGAGAGUCCUCCCUCAAGAAUCUCCUCUCAUACCUAGCAGGGGGAGAUGCUUAGGAAAUAACAGGGGCCCUUCCCAGAAAAGCUCUGCAUUGGGGUCUACUCUUACCUACCCAGCAGGGGGACCCCAUACUAAACACGUUCUCAUCUACAAUUUAAGGUAGGUAGAGCAUCAGAGCUCAAAGUUCUCCCUACAUGCAUCAGCACAGGUGGCCCUUGGAAUAACCCUUUGAAACACCUGAGAAACAUUCAACAGAACAGCAGAGGAUGCGGUGGCGUUCUUCAGCUGCACAGCAGGGGGUCCUCUUCCAAAGACAACUCCAGGACAUCAUGGAUUCCCACAUAUUUUAUGCUGUCGACAGUUAUUCUGAAUGGAAUUCCUCUUUGUAUCUCUUGCUGUUGGAUUUUGUUGAGAGUGCCUUGGCGGCCUUCAUCUGCACUGCAGGGGGUCUUCCUCCCAAGACAUCUCCAGGACAUGGUCUCCCUCAGACAAAUUCAUUGGAAAACUUGGGAAACCUUCAAGAUAACAGGUAUUUUGCCAUAGUCAAAGAAGCUGACACUUGGCUUGAAGAAAGGGGGGGUGCUGUGGCGGCCUUCAUCUGUACAGCAGGGGGUCUUCUUCCAAACACAGCUCCAGGACAUGUACCAGGAGCAUCAGAGCUCAAAGUUCUCCCUGCAUACGUGUCCUCAGGUUUCCCUCGGAAUAACCCUUUGAAACAGCUGGGAAAGCUUCAGCAGAACAGCAGAGGGUGCAGUGGCGGCCUUCAUCUCCACAGCAGAGGGUCCUUCCCCAACAACAGCUCCAUGAUCUGGUUUUGUUCCCAGAGUUCCUGGCCCUCUACUGCACAGAAUGGCAUCCUCCUUAUGUAGGAGUUCUGGAACAUUGACAACGAUUCCUGUGCAGCACAAAGAGAAGUCCUCCCUAAACAACAACACUUGUCCCUGCCGGGAGGAAAUAUUUAGGAAAAUACCCGGGGUCCUCCACAGGGAAACUUUAAAUGCACAUCAGGGAGUCUUCCUUACUAAUCCCAUUCUCACCUAUAAUUUGGGGGUCCAGAGGAUGACUGAACCUCAAAAUUCUCUCUCUCUGCUUCCCUCUCUCUUCUAUAUAGAUAUCUUUACAUAGGUAAUCCUCCUAGUCAAAAAGCUGACACUUAGCUUGAGGCAUAAGGAAACUGAGGCAGCCCAGUGGGGGUCUCCCUCCCAAGCUAGAUCUUAGCCAUUGUGGUGGGUGUGGGAAGGAAUCUGGAGGGACAAGAGCAGGGGUCUCCUUACCAACACAGGCCUAAUUUUCAGAGGGUGCCUUGGCGGCCUUCAUCUGUACAGCAGGGGGUCCUCCUCCAAAGACAGCUCCAAGACAUGGUCUCCCUCAGACACAUGGAUUGGAAAACCUUGGAAACAAUUAAUAUAACAGGUAAUUGGCCGUAGUCAAAGAUGCUGACUGAUACUUGCCUUGAAGAAGGGGGUAAGUGACACAGCCCAGCAGAGAUUCUCCCUCCCAAACUAGAUCUCAGACAUUGUGGUGGGUGGGGGAAGGG